AUGCUUUCGGGCCGAUGUGUGGGCGCAUUUCUCAUUAAUUUAGCUGCCCUCGCCCUGCUUACGGCUGGACAAGCGGUAAUACGGGAGCAGUCACAGCCACUAUGCCUGGCCAGGGGCUGGAGGGAUACUGAGGCCGAGUUUAUUCGGUGGCCGGUCUGCAUCGAGACCCGCUGGAGUAGGUCAGGCAUUACGGUCGCUGGGGGACCUUCUGUUACGAUGUCUUCUAUUUCAAGCAAUUCGCCGCCGACUAGCAAGGCCAGCCAUACGGCUGUACAACAACAUUCUGGCAAGGAGCAGGAGCAGGACACGGAUUCCCCCCUCGAUAAUGCCAAGUUUCUCUCCUUUGAAGAUUGGAAGAAGCAGAAUCUGGCAAAGGUUGGCCAGUCGGCGGAGAAUGUGGGGGGCAACCGGCGGAGUGGCGUGACAGGGAACGAGAGCCGACGGCCUACGGGGAUCAGCAACGCUCUAGACUCUCUUGGAGAAGACGCGGAGAUUGAACUUGACUUUGGUGGAUUCGGUGCUGACGCGCCAGAGGCCGCACGGCCGCCGUCAUUUGGCUCGGGGGUGCAGGUGGGGAAGAGCGCAGGGUCGGUGGACAGCAAAACUGGUGGAGAUGCGAAUGGCCCGUCUCCUGGGAUGAUACGGUCAGGCAGCUCGCGUAGGAAAGACGCUGGGACUACGUGCAAGGAGCGUUUCAAUUAUGCCUCCUUUGACUGCGCUGCUACAGUGCUCAAGACCAACCCCGAGUGUCAGGGCUCGUCUUCUGUGCUGAUCGAGAAUAAAGACAGCUACAUGCUUAAUGAGUGUCGGGCUAAAAAUAAGUUCCUGAUUCUCGAGCUGUGCGACGAUAUCUUGGUAGACACCGUGGUUCUCGCGAACUACGAGUUCUUCAGUUCCAUCUUUCAUACCUUCCGGGUCAGCGUCUCGGAUCGAUACCCGGCCAAACCGGACCAGUGGAGAGAACUGGGGGUUUUUGAAGCCAGGAAUUCCCGCGAAGUUCAAGCUUUCGCGGUAGAGAACCCGCUGAUCUGGGCUCGAUAUCUGAAGAUUGAGUUUCUGACGCACUAUGGAAACGAGUUCUACUGCCCCCUGAGUCUCAUACGCGUCCAUGGAACGACUAUGCUGGAGGAAUACAAGCAUGAUGGCGAGGCUAGUCGAGUUGACGAUGAGAUUGUUGACGAGACAUUGGAGCCGGACCAUGCUGUCACUGCAGCGAUUGCAGAGCCAUCCGAAAAUUCGUCUGAUCUUGGUGCGGAGAAUCGUGAAAGCAUGCGCAGGAAACUGCAGGAUGGACUCCAGGAUGCUUGCCCGAACCCAGCACAAGGGCUGGAGAGGCUUCUGGCAAAUUACCUAGAUUCAGAGAUAUGCAGUGUGCAGGCUAGACCGACGAGAACUGCUGGCCAAGAAAGAGCUGACGCAGCUGUUCAACAUGACUCGCCUUCGACGGACACCACGCCACCGGGACCGGAGGCCUCCGGGCCUAUUGUGCCCGGCGCAGGUAAUGGUACCAAAUUCGCACCUGAUGCUCGACGAGCUGCUGGGCAGUCUGGAGCUGACGGUAACCCUUUACCCGCUUCGAUGGCAACCAUGUCUGAGCCUGUCCAGCAUGACACCACGUCGGAAGCAGACCAGAAAUCUACAGCCUCAUCCCAGGAAGAACAAGUUCCUUCAGUAGACUCAGCCAAGUUCUCUGCAACUCAACCACCAUCACCCAAUCCGACCACGCAGGAGUCGUUCUUCAAAUCUGUCAACAAGCGACUGCAAAUGCUGGAAUCGAAUUCGACUUUGUCUCUUCUGUAUAUUGAGGAGCAGUCGCGGAUCCUGCGUGAUGCAUUUAGUAAAGUCGAGAAGCGUCAGCUGUCGAAAACAUCUACCUUCCUGGAAAAUCUGAACGUGACUGUUAUGAACGAACUGAGACAGUUCCGCGAACAGUAUGAUCAGGUUUGGAAGACGGUUGCGCUGGAGUUUGAAACUCAGCGCAUCCAAUAUCACCAGGAGAUAUUCUCCUUAAGUGCGCAGCUGGGUGUCCUCGCAGAUGAACUUGUCUUCCAGAAGCGAGUCGCUGUAAUUCAAAGCAUCAUGGUCCUCUUCUGCUUUGGCUUGGUCUUGUUCUCUCGGGGUGCAAUGAGCAGCUAUAUGGAGUUCCCAAGCGUGCAAAACAUGGUGUCUCGAUCCUACAGUUUACGAUCGUCAUCUCCACCAUUCAGCUCGCCCUCCAUGAGUCCGAGUUCAACCAGGCCGUCGUUCACAUAUCGAAGUCGCCACAGGAGGAAUGGUACGGACGACACGCAGGAUAGUGCGCCGAGCCCCACUAUCUCAUACUCGCCGCCAACGCCAAACUCAGAGACAUCAGUACCAUUAGAGUCGAUAGAGAAACAGGAAUCACCACCAUCCCCUGGCGAUCUUGAAUUGCCAGACAUCGAACUUCCCCAGUUCCGGUCGCAAAGCAGCCCUCCUGUCUUGAAGAGUGGCGAAGACAGCGACGGCGAAAUUUCAAAGACAUCCGGAUCCAUGGAGGUGUGA